CUACGAGUCAAGUAGGUACCCGUAUAAAAUAUAUUACUCCAAAGAGGAUAUUAUAACCACUACGUUUUAAGAGGUGGGACUCCCUUUGAAAAUAAUAAACUCACAAUUAUUAAGCUCUGUAAUUGGAAAACUAUCUUUUUUUUUACUGGCUAUAUCAGGCCAAUCUUUUGUUUUAUACUGGCAAUUCAAGUUUCAGAUAUCGUCAAAAGACAAAAUUUUGGCAUGGUUGAUUUUUACGAGAUUGAGUGAAUUACAACCGUUUUCUGAAAAUUAUUAUGAAAAUGGAGUGGAAACCCGAACAGGAAGGAUUAAGGCAAAUUCUAACACUUUUAAAGGAAUCCCAAUCACCAGAUACUGCUACUCAGAGAGCAGUUCAACAAAAAUUGGAAGAAUUGAAUAAAUAUCCAGAUUUCAACAAUUAUUUAAUUUUCGUCCUGACGAAACUGGUAUCCGAAGAGGAACCCACAAGAUCUCUCAGUGGUUUGAUUUUGAAAAAUAAUGUAAAGUCACACUACAACAAUUUUUUACCGGAGGUCGCAGAGUUCAUCAAACGAGAAUGUUUAUCUGCCGUCGGUGAUCCAUCACCAUUAAUUCGCGCCACUGUAGGCAUUAUUAUAACUACUAUUGCUAGUAAAGGAGAGCUUACAUCUUGGCCUGAACUGUUGCCAUCAUUAUGUCAAAUGCUUGAUUCACAAGAUUACAAUGUUUGUGAGGGAGCAUUUGGAGCACUUCAAAAGAUUUGUGAGGAUACGGCAGAACUUCUUGAUAGUGAUGCACUCAACCGGCCCUUGAAUGUUUUGAUUCCCAAAUUUUUACAGUUCUUUAGACAUUCAUCACCUAAGAUAAGAUGUCAUGCUAUUGCCUGUGUCAAUUACUUUAUUAUGAGUAGAACACAAGCUCUCAUGUUACACAUUGAUUCUUUUAUUGAGAACCUUUUCCAUUUGGCAGCUGAUGAAGAUCACGAUGUGAGAAAAAAUGUUUGUCAUGCAUUAGUUUUACUAUUAGAAGUUCGCCUCGACAGACUCAUUCCACAUUUACCCAAUAUUAUUGAGUAUAUGUUAGUGAGAACGCAGGAUCCAGAAGAAGGUGUAGCAUUGGAGGCCUGCGAGUUUUGGCUAUCUCUAGCAGAACAGAAUGUCUGUAGGGAGGUGCUAGGCCCUCGCUUGCCAGCGCUAUUGCCGGUCCUCGUGAGGGGUAUGCGUUACUCGGAGAUGGACGUGAUCCUCUUGCGCGGCGACCGCGAUGACGACGCGGACGAAGCGGAGCCCGACCGCGAGUCGGAUAUACGGCCGAGGUUCCAUAAACCGCGCUCGCAUACGAUUAAACACAAUGUGGGCAGCGGAGACAGCAACAUGUCAGGGGGCGGUGAGUCGGACGACGAGGACGACGGUGGUGCGGACACUGACGAUGGAUCCCUCUCCGACUGGAACCUGCGCAAGUGCAGUGCAGCGGCUCUAGAUGUGCUAGCCAACGUGUUUGGAGCUGAUCUCCUGCCUGUGCUCUUCCCCAUACUGAAGGAGACGCUGUUCCAUGAGGAUUGGGUUAUUAAGGAGAGCGGUAUCCUAGCGCUGGGCGCAGUAGCGGACGGUUGCAUGGUGGGCAUGGUGCCGCACCUGCCGGACCUGGUGCCGUACCUGGUGUGCUGCCUGGCCGACCGCAAGGCGCUCGUGCGCGCCAUCACGUGCUGGACCCUGUCGAGAUACUCGCACUGGAUCGUGUCGCAGUCGCACGACCUCUACCUGCGACCGGUUAUGACUGAGCUCCUAAAACGCGUGUUGGACAACAACAAACGCGUGCAAGAAGCGGCGUGUUCAGCAUUCGCCACACUCGAAGAGGAAGCGUGCACAGAACUCGUCCCAUACUUGGGCCACAUUCUACAGACUCUGGUGUACGCUUUCAGCAGAUAUCAGCAUAAAAACUUACUCAUUCUGUACGACGCGAUCGGAACACUCGCUGACUCUGUGGGACACCAUUUAAAUAAACCGGAGUACAUUAACCUGCUCAUGCCGCCUUUGAUAACAAAGUGGAAUGUAUUGAAGGAUGAAGAUAAGGACUUGUUCCCGUUGCUUGAGUGUUUAUCAUCGGUAGCAACAGCUUUACAAUCUGGUUUCCUGCCCUACUGUGAACCUGUCUUCAGAAGAUGUGUCUCUUUAAUAGAGCAGACUUUGAAUCAGAAUAUAGUGUCUUUCCAGGCGAACACGCAGAGCCCUGAACAGUUUGAAGCGCCUGAUAAGGAUUUCAUGAUCGUGGCUCUUGAUCUGCUAAGUGGUUUGGCCGAAGGUCUGGACGGGCACAUCAACCACCUGGUGCUGAACUCGAACCUCAUGCAGCUGCUGUACCAGUGCAUGCAGGACCCCAUGCCUGAGGUCCGUCAAUCAUCGUUCGCGUUGCUAGGCGACCUGACGAAGGCGUGUUUUCAACACGUACACCCGUACAUACCGGACUUUUUGCCAAUUCUCGGAAUGAAUUUGAAUCCGGAAAUUAUUUCCGUGUGCAAUAACGCCACUUGGGCUAUUGGUGAAAUAAGCAUUAAACUGGGCCCAGAAACAUCAAAAUAUAUUCCAUUAGUGUUGAACCAUUUAGUUGAAAUAAUUAACAGGCCCAACACACCUAAAACAUUGUUAGAGAACACAGCGAUAACUAUCGGUCGGCUAGGUUAUGUGUGCCCCCACGACGUCGCACCCGUUUUACAUCAAUUUGUACGCCAGUGGUGCACCUCACUGCGGAACAUCCGCGACAACGAGGAGAAGGACUCCGCCUUCCGCGGCAUUUGUCAGAUGAUACAAGUCAACCCCGGUGGAGUAGUACCGGACUUCAUGUUCUUCUGCGACGCGGUGGCCUCGUGGUCCCACCCGAAGGACGACCUGAAGGAGAUGUUCACGAAGAUCCUGCACGGGUUCAAGAACCAGGUGGGCGAGGAGAACUGGCGCCGCUUCACCGACCAGUUCCCCGUGCAGCUCAGCGCGCGCCUCUCCGCCAUGUGCGGGAUAUAAGACGCGCUCACACUGUUAUGGGGAACCAAUGUCAGCACGGGUCGGGAAGACAUUGCGAGGUCGCACCGAGUGCUUGUUACAUUUCGACAUGUACCUGAAAUUACGGCGACUCCACUUAAUAGACGCGGGCUCGCGCCGGGAAACGCACAGUUGGGAGCCGAGGGGCUUGCAUAUCGCGCGCACCUUUAUGGACCGAAAUACCUGAGCGAUAGAGCUCACUUUCCUAUCCCUUUGCCCUCUCCGACUCUACGUCAGCCACCGAGUCUCCCGCCUCCUUGUAAAUAUCGACGCGCUAUUUCGGUCCAUAAAUACAGUGCGAACUCAUAGUGGUCGGAGUGUUAAUUGCAUGAACUUUAGCGUUAGUGUCUAGUGAUAACCGAGAGCGAGUAAUGUAUUAUUAUUUUUCGAAUUGAUUUUUAAAUUUUAUCAGUGAUCGUUUAAAUUCAGAUUAUAGAUUUGUAAAUGUUUACCGAAACGGUCGAGAACUCGCCAAGUGAUUACUAAUCGUAAUUAUCGUUUUCAAAUUGAUCGCACGCCACUUUUUGCAUUUUUAUUGUGAGAGUUUGUCGCCUUUUAUUUUGUUAUCUUUGGCACAAUGGUUUGCGGAAACGUAGUGAGAUACAUACGAUUUAUGUGUUUAGUGUCGAAAUUGUUUUCACAAGAAUUUUGAUCGACUGAUGUAACCGUUCACUGCUCAGCGUAGAUUUUGUACUUGUGUUCAUAUACCGACUUAACCCAAUAUACGAUAUUUAUAUUACAAAAGAAAUGUUAAAAUCGUUUGUCAAAUAUACAAUAUACUUGUUUGUCGUGUAUAUUUCGAAAGCAUUUAUCCGUUUCCUUUUUAGGUUCUUCUAAUUGAAUGAUACAACUAUUUAAUAAAAAAUGUAUUCGUUAACUAUUUUAAUAUGAAUUACAAAGACUUAGUGAAAUCGAGAAUUUAUGUCAACUGUGAUUUGUGACUGGUUUAUUUUGACUAAUAUAUGUGUAUGUCUAUAUGUCUGUGUCGUGCUGAUAUAUUAUCGCUUUGAUAGUUUUUGUGUCGGCUAGAUAUCUGCUAUAUUAAUAUACCAAAUAGUAUUUUUACGUUUUAUUUUAUUUUAUUUUAAUUGUUUGUAUGAUUGAGUUGGUCACGCGGUUCUCAUUUAAAAUAUUCACUUGAUGUAGUCUUAAAAAUAUAAAAAAGACGUGUGGCACUCGGGGACUGCCGCGGUAAAGCCAUUGCAUAGCAUGCCUUCAAGCC